CAUGUGUGUGGCCAGUAUUUAUAUCCUCUCUAUCGUGUCGCAGCUCAGGAAAGUGAUCCAAGUUGAAAGCCCAUCUGAAAAUACCAUCCAGGCCAACCCAGCCUUCCCAAUAUAGCGCCUCGCCGCGCCCACAGCUGACGGAGUUCUGGCCUCACUUGGACGUCUGUACCGGCAGUACCGUGUUGCCUGUUUCAAUGGACGACCUGCAGAAGGGGGGAGAUUCCGAGGAAGUGGAGAUUGACCUCGAGGACUCCAGUGACCCUGAGGAUUAUGAUGGAGAGCAACCAGACUUCCUGUGGAAAGCGCCCACUGACGGGCAAGAAGAAAGUAUUCCUUCGUCUUGUCUGGUGGAUAUCAGCGAUACUAAACCUCUGCUCGAUGUUCGCGACCCUCGAGGGAUCAACGACUGCCUUAAGGUGACAUUUGAGGAUGUUAUUGCUGAGCCGAUGUCGGUGCGCAGCGGGGAUCGGGUGUGGCUCUGGAGCCAUGCUUUGUUUGAAGUCAGUCGAAUUUGGGUAUACAGGAUCAUCUCAGUGCUUCUGGCCAUCCCCAUGUCUAUCCUCUCGGGAAUCCUCUUCGCCAUCCUCAGCUGCAUACACAUAUGGAUGAUCAGCCCGUGCAUCAAGAGUAUUCUUAUAGGAACACGCUGGCUGCAGAAUCUCUGGAGCGUCGUGCUGGACAUCAUCGUUCGGCCGUUGUUGACCAGCGUCGGGCGGUGCUGUAGCGGCUUUAGCGUUCACCUGGCCAAGGAAUGACACAAACUCACCGGCACCGCCCACUAAGUGGAUUACAAGUGGACAUGAUGGGUAUUUCACUACAGUGUUAUGUGUUUACAGCAACUUUGCUCAGAGUUCAAUUUUGUGUGGGAUUUGGAAACAAUAACACAUUUAAUAGUUAGCAACUGUGUAGUUUACAACUUUAUAUGGCACAGAUAUUUCUACUUUAUUUUCCUGUGACUUUUUUAAAAUUAUUUUGAAAAAUGAAUGAAUUUCUGGGAAAUUAAAUGAAGAAAGUGACCUCUUUAAACGAGUAUAAUUUACCACACUAGGAAUGCAUUUAUUGUUUGUUCCCGCGGCUUUCUCUGCUAUGGAUACCAAACGUCCUUAAUAACUAAAUAUUUUGACGUGUCUUAAAAUGCACGUAGUAGCUUUUUCUUUCUCAUUCAAUCAUAUUUACAAAACGAGAACUGCAGGAAAGUGCUCCACAUUCCCGCUAAUGACAACAUGUGGCCACAGGGGGCAGUCUUGGGCAGCCUUAAAUCAGACACCUACAUUUGAUACUAUUCAAAUCCCCUUACAACAUGACAGAAAAUACAAUUAGGACAGAAAUGGUGAUCCAACAAAUGCUGAUGAAAAACACAAAAAGCAGUAAAUCUUAGCACAUGAUAUUUGCAAUGAGUUCAAAAUUGGACAGGAAUGCAAAACAUUGACUGAAAUGGCUCUUUAUUGUAUUACAUGUGUCCUAACAAAUUAAAAUCAUUUUACCACA